AGGUUUGGUGCGACUGUUUCCGCAAGGCGCGGGACAAUUACGUGGAAGCUAAGUCAGCAGCGACAUCUAAGGCCUCUCAGGUGAUGUCGAUGUCGACGACGACUAUGUUAGAUGGCGGACCUCUCGCGCCACAGGCGUUGAUGACGUCGGUGCCGUCGUUUGCGUCCGACGACGGCGACGGUCUGCACUUGCUGCCUUGUCCGAAUGCCUAUUCCCCUGCCCGGUCACCCGCGCCGUCGUCGAGACCCAGUCGGGGUUCGUCUCUGGCCCGGUCACACAGCGGAUCGAUGGAUAUUCAAUGCGAUGCGAUGAGCGAGGCGAAUGACACUUCAGCAGCUUCGCGAGGCGCCCAAACCGGAGUCAUGUCCGCCUGGUCUAGUGCAAGUUCGGAAGAAGGGCCUGUGCCACUGCUUCCUGACGGAAAUCAGCAACCCCAAACCCCACAGCUUUCUCAACAACAACAGCAACAAUUUGGACACAUCCUCAGAGCGAGAACGCUGUCAGAAUCUUGCCAACCGCAACCAACGCCCAUCAUUCAACAGAGGCCCAUGGGAAGCAGUCCGAUGAAAGCUCGGUCGUUGUUGGGACCCAGUGCACCCGCAGUGAGUUUACCAACGUCGCCGCAUUUGAGUCCAGCGAAUCAACUGCAGCAAACACAACAAAUGCACUCUGGUCUGUCGCAUCUAUCCGUCCUGUACACAUUGCCUUCGGGACAGUCCAUGCCUGAUUUACAGAAUGCGGUUCAGAAGCAAAUUCCGAACAUGCUUACGAUUCCUGGGCAAGGAAACGAACCUUGUGAUCCUUGCGGACGGCCGCCAUCUCCGGGGUCGCAAGUCCGCAUGCUGAGUCCCACAACCCGAGGGAUUUCCUAUCCUCCGCCUUCUUCACGAUCGCUGAAGAGAACGAUGCCAGUGCCUCAAAGCCGGUUCCCGCCGCUGCGGAAGGCAGACAGAGUGGCUUCGGAAGGACGCGCGAAUCUCGGCCCUGUUUCCAUGUCCGACUCGAACACGUCAUCGCCAUCAUCGCAGCAGCAAAGCACGAACCCGUUCGCACCUGGGUUCAAUGACGGCACCCCGGAGAGAACCAGCAGCCCGAUCGAUGACUUCUGUUCCGGGGUUGAUCGUAUCGGCGCGGGUAACGGGAACAAUCGACGACGACCCGUGAGAGCCGAGGAGCGAAGGUAUCUGACUGCAGGUGCUGUCGAAGAUAUCAAG